UUUGGCGCGUAAUAUGACAGCAUGACAAUGCAGUAAGAGCAGUGUUGCAAGGUUUUGUUUCACAGCAAUCUUUGACAAUUUCAUUAAUAUCAAAAUGGUAUCUUUUUUUGGUGAAGUAGUAUUCCCAGUUUCCAGAGCAUUUUGGGAUGGGGAAGACGAAGGUGGACCAAGUGAACGUACAGGUAAUCAAUUAGAAUUUUCUCUUCGAUGGCUGAAAGAAAAACCAGCACGAAUCGAAACGUUAAUAGUGGUCGAAGGCAAAAUGUUACUCGAUUUCACGAGGGAAUGUUUAUGCCAAAAUGCAGAAGAGGUGUGCCUUGUAGAAGAUGAAAAUAAAACGAAAGUGUGUAUAAUUUAUCAGAUUAACGACGAAGUAUAUCUGUGCAUCGUAUCUCCACAGUUGGACAUCAAAUUUUCUGGAAAACUUGUGGAUAAGAUGUCUGAGAUCUUGACGAAUUCAAACUCUACAAUUUGUGUAACGUGCCACCACGUGUCACAAUUCAAGUGUAAGAACAUACCUGCCACACCAUCUUUUCUAAGAAUGUUAGCUACAAAAAGUGGAGAGAAUGUUUGUAGUUUAAAAGAGCCCCUAUUAGAACAGCCUAACAUUGUACAUGGGGUGGCAGCAGGAGUUUUGUCAUAUGCAGAAUUCAUGGAGCUACCUGCAGUUUUAUACGUUUUGUACAUAGAUAAUUUUGUAUUGGACUCGGUGUCCGCGGAACCUCUUUUAAAAUUAUUUACAGCAAUGAAUUGUACACUGCGUAAUGUUUCAUUUGGUGGAAAAAAUUUUUUUAGUAAAGGAAAUCUUUAUAUUUAAAACUGAC